AUGGCUGCGACUCUUUCCUCCUCGGCAUCCGCCACCCUUCGCUCCCUCUCUAUCCCAGAGGGAAGCACAUUCUCCUCUUCCUCCCGGACGGCAAUCCCUGGGUUUUCCGGCCUCAAGGCCCAGAAGGCCCUUUCCGCCUCUGCUCAAACAUGCACCUGCAUGACGUGCGCGAAAUGCGGUAACCGUCUCACAGGCGUCGUCGCCAUGGCCAGCGGCGACAACCAGUUCGCGAGCGUCUCCCAGUCCACCGCCGCUCCCGCCGCUCCUGCCGCCACCGCCCUCCUCCCCGCCAUCGUCGGCGCCGGCGCUCUGGGCGCCGCGACCUACGUCGCCGUGAAGAAGCUCACCGCGUCUCCCGCCGCCGCUCCCGCCGCACCCGCCCCCUCCUCUCCUGCGGUCACCAGCGUGCCGCCCAGCGGCAUCGUGCCCCGCGCGAAGCACGCGGCGGCGUCGGCGCUGUCGACGAUGGCGACGACGUUCCCGUCGGCGAUGCAGGAGGAGGCGUUCCUGAAGGCCGUGGCGGUGGAGCUGGCGAAGCUGGGGUUCCGCAAGGACAACGGCAUUGCGCUGGUGAACACGUGCCGCGACGAGGUGUGCCGGCCCGUGGUGAGCAUCAUCGACCGCGAGUUCGGGCUGAGCUUCAACAUCUCGGGGCUGGGCGGGCUCGUCAACUGCGGCAAGGUCGGCUUCGGAGCCGCCAUGAGCCACUCGCCCGAGUUCCCCUGCGACGUCGACGGCAACCUCAAGGAGCGAUACAUCUUCUUUGCGUUCCCGCACGUGUCCAUCGGCGAGUCGGGCGAGGUGGGGUCGCUGCUGCGUCGCGGUCGCGGCAAGGCGUCGAGCGCGUGCGGAGCGUUGAUCGCCAUCAACAACGACAUCAACAACGGCGUGGCGCCCAGCAUGGAUAGCGACGACCCCGAGUACACGCUGCUGCGCAAGAAGAUCAUGACUAAGGUGUCACCGGGCGGCAACCAGUCGCUGGUGGACGUGACGCGCGCGGCGCUGGCGGCGAUCAACGAGGACUUGGAGAAGCUCAUCUCGCUCACGGUGAACCCCGCCACGGCGGACUACGCCGUGAUCACGGGCGUGCAGAUCCACUCGGGCGACCAGAUUCCCGGCCAGCCCUUCCGCAUCGAGCGCACCUGCGACUACAUCGCGCCCGACAAGAUGUACGCCGUCGUGCGCGGCCAGAACGCUUUGCCCACCUCGCGACCCUCGCCCAUCGCCCGACGCCCUCGCCGCCUAGCCGACCGUCGACCUCGCUUCCCUCGCCCAUCGCUCUCGCUUCCCCCGCCAGUCGCUCUCGCUUUCCCCGCCUACCACCCUCGCGGAAGCCCGUCCCCCUCGCCGCUUCCCCGCCCGCCGCCCUCGCUUCCGCCCGUCGCCCUCGCAUCUGCCCGUCACCCGCCCUUCCGCCCGCCGUCCAUCCUUCCCCUCGUCGCGCUCCCUUCCGCCCGUCGCCCUCCCUUCUUCUCGUCGCCCUCCCGUCCUCCCGUUGCCUUCCCUUCCGCCCUCCGCCCUUCCUUCCCCUCGUCGCGCUCCCUUCCGCCCGUUGCCCCCCUUCGUCUCGUCGCCCUCCCUGCCGCUCGUCGCCCUCCCUCCCGCGAGUCCCCUCGCAAUCCCCGUCUAUCUAUCUCCCCCGUCGCCCUCGGUUUCCCCGCCGCCCUCCCAUCCACUCCUCGUUGCCCUCGCCAUCCCUCCCUUCUCCCUUCUCAUCUCGCACACUUGUCACCCCCCCUUUCCAACCCGCACAUACACCCUUCCCUCUCCCCAAUAAUCGCCUUUCACCCCCACACUGCUUACCUCUCUCCCUCUUCCCCCCAUCAAUUGCCCUGCUCCCCACCGUCCUCCCCCCAGCUCUCUCCCCGGCAUCUCUCCCGCUCCCCACGUCCUCUUCCCUGUUUCCCCGUUUGCUCGCUCUGUUUCACCCUUGCUCACUCUGUUUCACCCUUGCUCACUCUGUUUCACCCUUUCUCGCUCUGUUUCACCACUGCUCCCCAACCCCCUUCUCUUCUCACUCUCUUCCCCCUUGCUCCCUCUCUUCACUUCUGCUCACUCUGUUUCCCACUGCUUCCUCUCUUCCCCCCUUCUCACUCUGUCCCCCGCUGCUUCUUCUCUUCCCUUCUGCUCACUCCUUUUACUGUCUUUUCCCCUUCACUCACCCCCCCCUCCCCCAAUGCAGGGUACAGAAAUGAUGAAGGGAGGAAUGGGAAAAUAGAGAAAGGGAGGAAGGGAGGAAGGAUGGGGUGUGGAGGAGAUGGGGUGGGGCGGAGUUGGUGGAAUGGGGAGUGGGGUGGGGCGGAGAUGGGGUGUGGAGGAGAUGGGGUGAGGAGGAGAUGGGGUGAGGAGGAGAUGGGAAGCACGGCGGGAGUGGCGGGGCGAGUGGAAAGGGACGGGAGGGACGGGGAGAUGAGGGAUGGGGAGAUGAGGGAUGGGGAGACGAGGGAUGGGGAGAUGAGGGAUGGGAGGAUGAGGGAUGGGGAGAUGAGCGACGGUAAGAUGAGAGACUGGGAGUUGUGGGAUGGGGAGGGAAGGGAGUGGGAGGCGGGGAUGGGGAGGUGUGGGAUGGGGAGGGAAGGGAGUGGGAGGCGGGGAUGGGGAGGUGUGGGAUGGGGAGGGAAGGGAGUGGGAGGCGGGGAUGGGGAGGUGUGGGAUGGGGAGGGAAGGGAGUGGGAGGCGGGGAUGGGGAGGUGUGGGAUGGGGAGGGAAGGGAGUGGGAGGCGGGGAUGGGGAGGUGAGGUAUUAGAUAUGAGGGAUGGGGAGGAGAGGGAUGGGGAGACGAGGGAUGGGGAGACGAGGGAUGGGGAGAUUAGUGAUGGGGAGAUGAGGGACGGGGAGAUGAGGGAUGGGGAGAUGAGGGACGGGGAGAUGAGGGAUGGGGAGAUGAGGGACGGGGAGAUGAGGGAUGGGGAGAUGAACGCGUAUGCGACGGGAGCGAGGAAUGCCUUCUCGGUCGAGGGGAGGGUGCGUGCGUGUGUGACGGCAGGGAGAUGA